GCUGAAAUGGUACAUAGAAAUUUUCAUUUGCUAAUGUUCAGCUGUUGGCAGAUAUAAUACUUUUUUUUUUUUUUUUUUAGCUAAGCAAAUGUCAAUUGUCACUAUAACACUUCUGAAGUUAAUACAAAGCUACAUGAUAACUGGCAGAGGUACUCCUGGGUAAAAGUGGAGAAGAACAGGAAAAGGUCCACCUUCCCAGGCCACGGUUUUUAAGGCACAGAACUAAUGGGGAGGAUGCCCUGAAUGGGGAGGAUGCCCUGAAUGGGGAGGAUGCCCUGAAUGGGGAGGAUGCCCUGAAUGGGGAGGAUGCCCUGAAUGGGGAGGAUGCAAUCUGAGAAGGGUAUGCAAGGCAACUGAGCAGCAAAGGGAAGAUUUAGGGGUACCUGGAGGUAUCCCAGGUAAAGUAGGUUCCAGAGAAGAGUUUUUAUUACAUUCUCCUGAAAGCACUGGACAGUGGGUUACCUUCAGUGUUUGGGGAAGCAAGAAAUAACAGAUUAGAGAAGGCUGGAUGCUUAGGUUUGGUUCUGAAUGCAAUGGAGAGAAUCUGAGGAUAUCUCAGAAUGACUCAAAAUCUAUGUGGACUCCACAGUCUUCAGGAAGUGACUUGGGAGUUGGAGAAGAAGGAGUUAAAUUAUGACGUCUCUGCAACACUAAGCCCAUCAUCAGCUAAACUGGUCGAGACUAGCAAAUUUAGAACGUAUCUUACCUAAAAAUUGAUUUGACCACACUUUGUCCGAGAUUCAGAGUACUCAUUUUGAUACAGGGUCUCACCAUGUAGCCUUAGCAGGCCUGGAAGCAGGCUGACCUCACACUUAAAACAUCAGCUGGCCUCGGCCUCUCCAGUGUUGGAAUUAAACGAGUAUGCCACCACACCUGGCCCUGAGUUUUGUGUAUUCCAGACAGAACCGAUAUAUAGUAUUUAAUACAGUUGUAGCAGAUUCUUCCAUUUAGAAAGAGGGAAAAAAAGUCUAAAUAACAAAUAAAUAAACUGAGAAAUAGAAAUUCUCACAUGUAAAAGUAUUUGACGUUGAGAAGGCCGGUUAUCAAGGGCUGUAUCCUGAUUAUUUGGAGUGAUGGGUUAGUAUAAGGUAAGACUUUAAAUACCUCACUAGGAAAUAUAAUUCUCUAAAUGUAAACGGUCUUAACUGUCCUAGGCAACAGAACUGUCAAGACAAAACUACCAAACAUCUAAAACUGUAUGACAACAGACAAGAUGACUGUGCUUCCUUAGCAAGGGAGGAAAUUAUUAAAAUCUCUCAUCCUAGACAGUAUCGCAUCUAUUUAGAACUAAGAUUCAGGCAUAAACCUUUCUGAAUCGGGAGCCUAACCGAAGAAGUCAAGCUUAACUGACCGGUUAGCUCACCAUCUCUGUGGAUUUGGCAGCUGCCAGAACAUUUCGGAAUUAAUUCGCCAACGGAAAACCUUGUGUCACUAAGCUAAGCAGCUCCUUCAUUUCAAAUGCAAACCCCGGGAGUAACUGAGGAGGGGCUGGAAAUGGGGGAUCUCCUUUUCAGGGCACAUUUGUUCAUGUGGAGUGGAGGGCACCAUAUUUACAGAAUGGCGAGCAUAGUUAAGAAUGACAAAUAUAACUUGACAUUGUUGAGAUCUUAAAUGAAAUCAGAUGUGAGGUGAAUGUUAACUAGUUUGAAUUAAUCUCUUUACAGGGUACCGAUCUGAAAACAUCUGAAACUUAGAAAAACUCCUUUGGCAUUUUUAUCUUUAUAUAUAAUGAAUUUUGGUAAUUUGUAUCCGCUCUUACCCUCUCUCACCCUCUUACCCCUUCCUCGUCCCAACAAGUCCCCUCCGAUUUUCAUCCUUAAGGAAAGGGGAAAAAAAAACUAACAUUUUUGUGUGUCUAAUACACGUCAGUAAGUAGAUGGAUAUAAUCGUUCGGUUAAAUCCCUUCGCCUGCCGACCUCGGGCACUUUAGAGAACCGGGUCCUGGAGACCGAGCAGACGCCGUCUGUCGCGUGACUCGGCGCUCGCGUCCCGGGCCGUCGCCUCCUCCGCGCCGCCGUCGCCGCCGGGCACCCGUGCCAGCGCCCAUGAGCCUCCUCCGCGCAGCCGCCGUCGCCGCCGGGCCCGCGCCGCACACUCCGAUCCGCCUGCUCGCGAGGAACCUGGCCGCCAUGGCGGAGCCGCUCAAGUCUGUGGAUUACGAAGUGUUCGGGAGAGUGCAGGGUGUUUGCUUCAGAAUGUACACAGAAGGAGAAGCUAAGAAAAUAGGAGUGGUUGGCUGGGUGAAGAACACAAGCAAAGACACCGUGAUGGGUCAAGUGCAGGGUCCCGAAGAAAAGGUGAAUUCCAUGAAUUGCUCAGCUCUGGAAACUUGGAUGUGCAGGAAAGAUAAGAUGGGCCAUACUGGAGGAUGUAAUGCAGUGAAAGCUUUUCCUUUUGAAUGAGAAAGCCUUGUACAUCCCAAGGAAGGCCUGGCUGAGCAAGGUUGGAAGCCCUAGUUCUCGCAUCGACCGGACAGACUUUUCGAAUGAAAAAACCAUCUCUAAACUAGACUACUCUAACUUUAGUAUUCAUUAUUAAUGGAAGCAAAAUAACAAUUGUAAUGCCUACAUUGCAGAAGAUAAAACAUAUUCUUAAAUUUGUAGUAGUAGGAUUAAAAAUGGGAACUUUCUGUUCUGGAAACCUCAGAAUUAUAUGUUACUAAAAUGUCUGAAAUUGAAAAAAAUGUUACCCACCUAUGUUUUUAGCAAGCAGAAGCCAAGAAUUAUAAAAUAAAAUGUUGCUGUAAAAUAUCUGCUGUGAGGAUUUAAGCAAAACCUUGUCUUACGCAGGGAGUCACUAAUUUCAGAAAACAUUGUAGUGUAUACAUGUUAUUCAGCUAGACAUAAAAUAAAGUUGACUAUCUAAAAUUAUCUUAGAUAUUGUUGCCUAAUAAGGUGAAUUUUAAUGUUAUCUGAAAAUAAUUUACUACUAAAGUUGAGUAAUCUGUAUUGCUAUUGAAGUCUUAGAAUGGCUAAAAUAAAUUUGUGUGAUGAUCACUGUAACAAGAAAGUAACAGCAAUAAAGAGUUAGUGUGUAAAACUCU